AUGAAGAAAAAUAUUGAUAAGAAUUCCAAUGAUUAUUUUCCUAAAGAAAAAAAAUAAUCAAAAUUAGUAACUUACAUUUAUUCUAAUUAAUAGCAUCUAGAAUAAUCAAUAGAUAAUAGAAUUUUUGUAAUGUUUAGUUCACCUUACAUUUAUUGGAAAUACUUUAAUAUAAUGUGGUUCUAAUUCAUUACAUAUAUUAGUUUAGAUGAAUUAGACCUUAGAAACAAUAAUUUGAAAAUAUUAAGAUUGAAAAUACUUCUUUAGUAGAAACUCAUUUUGUUAGAUAUAAUUUUAGUAAAUCCAAAUUUAAUAAUGUAAACAUAAGUGGGAUGAAUUUGAAUUGAGCAAAAUUAUUGGAUUGUAAAUAGAAGAAUAUUACGAUCCAUGAAUUGAAUAAAUUAGAUGUUAUAAAUGAUAAUUUGAACUCAUUCUGCUUCUCUCCUGAUGAUAUUACAGUAGCAACUUGUUAUGAAAUCCUGCUUAUAGCAUUGAUAAUCCAUCUGUCUAUGGGAGGUCAAAACAGGAUAAUAAAAAGCCUAAUUAGAUGGUCAUAGUGGAACUGUCUACUCAGUCUGUUUCUCUCCUGA